AUGCCCACCUCGGAGGCGCCCGGAGAGGGCUCCGCCAACGCCAGCCUGCCCUGGGGCCCGGACGCCGCCGCCGCCGCCGCCGCCGGGGGCCCGUCGGUGAUCAACAGCACGGUGAAGAUGGUGCUGAUCUCGGCCAUCGUGUGCACGUCGCUCUUCGGCAACGUGGUGGUGCUGCUGGUGUUCCAGCGCAAGCCGCAGCUGCUGCACGUGGCCAACCGCUUCGUGCUCAACCUGCUGCUGGCCGACCUGCUGCAGACGGUGCUGGUGAUGCCCUUCGCCAUCGCGGCGGCCGCCCCGGGCGUCUGGCCGCUGGACGCGCGCCUCUGCCAGGCCCUGGUGGUGCUCAUGCACCUGUUCGCCUUCGCGGGCGUCAACACCAUCAUGGUGGUGUCGGUGGACCGCUACCUGGCCAUCAUCCACCCGCUCUCGUACCCCACGCGCAUGACGCCGCACCUGGGCACCAACCUGAUCGCGCUCACCUGGCUGCUGAGUGCGCUGCAGAGCACGCCGCCGCUCUACGGCUGGGGCGCCAUCGAGUUCGACCGGCACCACAACGCCUGCACGGUGGUGUGGUCGUCCAGCUACUCCUACUCGGCGCUGGUGUCGGCGCUCUCCUUCUGGCUGCCCGUGCUCAUCAUGCUGGGCUGCUACUGGAUGGUGUUCCGGGCGGCGCGGCGGCAGAACGCCCUGGUGCACCCCAUCCAGGCCAACAGCCACCUGCAGCCCCCCGAGUCCACCCAGGCCUCCGCCUCCUGCUCCAGCCCCCAGAGAUCCCAGCAGCAGCCGCCCGCCCCCGCCGACGCGCCCUCUACUACCUACCCGGCGCGCGCGCGCCACAGACGCUUCCACUACCACUGCAAGGCGGCGCGCGUGGUCUUCGUGAUCAUGGCGUCGUACAUCGUGAGCAUGGGCCCCUACAGCGUGCUGAGCACGGUGGCCAUGUGCUCGCGGCGGCCCGUGGCGCCCUGGCUGGCCUCGCUGGCGCUCAUCCUCUUCUUCCUGCAGUGCUGCCUGCACCCCUACAUCUACGGCUACAUGCACCGCAGCGUUCGCAAGGAGUUCCUGGCGCUGCUCUGCGGCUCGCUCUGCCGGCCCGGCGGCGGCGGCGGCGGCGGCGGGGGGCGUCCGGGGAGGGGCUCGGCCGUCGACAGCUGCUUCACGGUGACCGACGGGCGGCUGGGGCAAGCGGCGGCGGCGGCGGCGGGGGCGGGGGCCGGGGGGCACCCCAGCCAGGCGGCCCGCGUCUGCCCUAUGCGCACCUGGGAGGAGGGCACGGUGUCGUCCUCGCCCAUGGAGAGGAGGUCCCGGGACAGCCGCAAGGAGACCACCUCCAUCAGCCUGAGCUCGGAGAAAGAGCUGACCGUCCACAGUAAGUGA